CACAACUGAUAAAAACAUCCUGUUAAACAAAUGUUUAAUCAAUGUAAUGACUGACUUUGAAGUUUGUGAGCAACAGAAAAUGAAAAUUUUUGUGAUUUUUUUUAUAUCUUUGUGUGGUGAUUUUGUUUAUUGCAUAGAGCCUGUUCAGAAUAUUACUUUUGGUACUACCGAGUUUAAAUGGUAUUAUCCACAUCCCCUAAUUCCCCCUAGCCAAUUUGAAUUGGUACUCACAUCAAAAUAUGAAGAAGAUGCAGAAAGUUCUCAAUACUAUAAUACUUCUGAACCCUAUUUUGAUUUGAACAACACGAAACCAGCAACAACUUACACUCUGUCGGUUACUGUAUUUGAUAAAAAUCAAAGAAGUGUUGUGGUAAAAAAAUCGAUUAAUUUUCCUCCUGAUAAACCACCAAAACCACGAAAUAUUAAAGUCAAGAAUAUUGCUAUGGAUAGGGUUAGGGUGUCAUGGGAAAUAAAUUCCGAAAGAAAGGGGAAGAUUUUAGAUUGUAAGGUUAAUAUAAAAGAGAAAUCUGAAGUAAAUACUGGUUGUAAAGCGUAUGAGAAUGAAACGUCUAUUGACACAUCUUUUGACUAUUAUGAUCAUUCAGUGAAACCUUAUUAUAACUACCAUUAUACUAUUAAGUGUAGGACGACAAGAGGUUACGGUUAUAGUAAUGAAAAGGAGUACCAGAGUAAUCCUGGCGGUAAGUUUCAAUUUGUUCUGAUAUUAUAGAAGAGUGAUAAAGAGCUAUUUCAGUUCCGGAGAAGGUUAAAGAGUUGGAAUAUGAUUUUAGAGAAGUCAGUAUACGACAUUCAUCUUUUAAAGUAAAAUAUACAUUAAAAUGGAAAAAACCUUGUAUGCUAAAUGGGCCAUUUAAAUAUUUUUUAAUUGAAAUAGAAUCAUGUGAUUCUAAAAUACCCAACCAAUAUCAAACAAAGAAAAAUACAUACAGUUUUAUUGCAAAUUUACCCCACUGUAAAUAUAAGGCAGUUGUAUAUGUAGUUUUAGAAAAUGGCAUAAAAAGUAGCGGUGACAAGGUUAACUUUACAACUCCCUUAGGACAACCCGAUGAAGUAAGAAAUUUAACUUAUGAAAUCGGUGAUAAAUCUAUAAUUAACACAGAUACUUAUAAGGUUGAUUACAUCUUAAGGUGGGACUAUACAUUGUCUAACAGAUUAGAUUAUAAAUUUCUAAUUACUAUAAAUGAUUGUAAAAAUACAACAGAAAAAAGAACAACAAACUUAAAUUUACCUUUAAACGACCUAAGACCGUAUUGUGAACAUAAUAUUUAUGUUAAAGUAAUAAUAAAUAAUAAUACAAGUAGGGGCGUAAAAGUGGUAUUCACUACCCCUGUUCCAUAUCCAACAAAUUUUGAUUUGAAAGAGCAGAUGGAGGAUAUUUUUGUUACUUGGGAGUACCAUGAUUUAUUAAAUUAUAAACAAACUAACAUAUUAAAAUCUUACACUAGAAUUGAAAUCAAUGGUCUCUAUACCGAGGAUGAACAUUAUAAUCCAUUCAAUAAGAUAGAGAAACAUAUCACAUCUCCUUUUAAAUUUAAAAAUUUUAAUUCAUCAUAUAAUUAUAACUUCACAUUAAUUGUGGAAGUGGAUAACCAACAAUUGGUACAAUCAAAAUAUAUCAGGACUCAGGACGGAACUCCUUGGGGUCCUAAUGUGCAAACAACGGAUAAUGCUAUACAAUGGUCGGAAAACAAAGUUAGAAAGGGAAAAAUACAAAAUUAUACAUACUGCAUUGAAACUGUGGGACCCAUAGAGGAGGAUUGUGAUUUUAUAAAAAAAGAACCCGAAUGUGAAACUGUAAAUGCGAGUGUUACCCGGGUUUCUUAUGUAAUGAAAACAUUUUAUAAAUAUAAAGUUUCCGUUAGUGCCACUACGUCAAAAGGAACAAAUACUACAAUAGAGAAAAUAAGAAGCAACUCUACUAAUCAGAUAGAUCUUCCAAGAAAUAUCGAAUAUUGUAUUCAGGAAAACCAAUUAUCUGGUAAUUUCACUGCUCCAUGUAGACUGUAUAAUUAUUUAAAAGGGUAUAGAGUUAAAUUAUUAAAUAUGGAAAUCAAUAAGCAUAGUAAUAUUGAUUUAAAAAAUAACAAAUCGUUUGUCAAAAAUCUUAACUCAUCAUCUAAAUACUCUGCACAAAUAACUAUAUUGACAUACAGUGGUCAGAAAGAAACUGCUGCACAAGAAUUUAUUACAUCUCCUGACAUACCCGUUUUAAACUCAACAAUUCCGGAACCAAAAGUAACAGAGGAGAAUGUGAUCGAGUUCAAAAUGCGGAAUGAUUAUUUCAAUCCUAAGGUCAAAAUAUUGUAUUACGCCUUGUUGUUAUACAAAAAAGGUGAAAUCCCAGGUGCAUCUAACAGAAGUUUAAUACCUCCCAGAUAUUGUUUGCCACAAUACUUCUCCAAUUGGACCACUCAGUGGCCCGAGGAAGCAACAGGAAAAACAAUUACAGAAAAAUUGUGGAAUCCUUUUAAAAAGGAUGAAGUUGAAACUAUUAUAAAAAUUUGCCCCACGCGUGAACUACAACAGAAAAUCAGUAACUGUAUUUACGAAGAACUUAACCAAAUUGAAUACUACAUUAUCCUUCGUGCCUUCACUGAAUUUGCUUAUGGCCAAUCUCACCAGUUACAUUUUAAAAUUUCAUCCGCCAAAAUUGAUACUGGCACUAUAAUUGGAAUAGUCUUCGGAGUACUAUUAAUGUUGGUUAUUGGAGGAGCCAUAAUAUUUUAUAACAUCAGAGACGAAAAACCGUUAUACAAGGAUUUGAAGAACACGAAUGGCAUGUACAGUUGUACGCCGAACAAUUUCCCAAUGUAUUGGAAACGCUUACAGACCACCGAUGAAGCGUUGAAACUACAAUUCACUGACUUAGUUGCCGAGGCCCAACGUUUGGGAAAAUCCAACCAAGCUGCCCUCUUACCGGAAAACAAAAGACUGAACAGAUACGCAAAUAUACUACCCUAUGAUGCUACGAGAGUGGUUUUGCCCGAUGGAACCUACAUAAACGCCUCUUACAUAAAGGGUAAAUCGGGCCAAAUAGAAUAUAUAGCGUCCCAAGGCCCUUUGGAACAUACUAAUAAAGACUUCUGGAACAUGGUGAUAACGGAAGAUGUAUCAAUUAUUGUAAUGGUCACUCAGUUCUAUGAAAACAAAAAAGAAAAAUGUUACGAAUACUUUCCGACUGUCAAUUCCACGAUGUUAGAAGACGAGAUUACGAUUCAGUGUACUGAGGAAGAAUUCUUUGACAAUUAUUACUUAAGAAAUAUUGAAUUACAGAAAGGAGACGAUGUUAUAAAAAUAAGACAUUUUCAUUUUUUGAGCUGGCCGGAUUUUGGAGUUCCAAAGAACACCAGUUGUGUUAUUCAGUUGAUCAAAGCGGUCAGACGUUAUCACAAGUAUGGAAAAAUUUUAGUACAUUGCAGUGCUGGAGUUGGCAGAACGGGAACAUUUAUUACACUCGACAUUAAUAUGGGUCUGAUUGAUGAAAAUAAAGAUAUCAAUGUUUAUAAAACAGUUUUAGAUCUCAGAAAACAAAGAGUUUUAAUGGUCCAGACAUAUGCACAAUAUGAGUUCAUACACAACUGCCUUGCUAGUUAUAUUAUGAAAGAAGAUGAGAGUAUUUUGUAAUUUAUUUAGUUGUUACUUAUUUGAAUUUCUAAUUCAUUCCAUUCUAUCUUCAUCAUUUGUAUUGUAUUGUGAAGCAAUAAAAAUCUGUGAUUCAAGUGAUAAAAAUGUACUUCAUAUUCUGUAAUUUGAUAUUAAAUUAAAUAAAUUAUUUUAUAUGUU